AUGGGGACGGAGAAGACCCGAACCACCGCUCCCAUUGGGACUUGUGAAGGGAGGGUACUUUUAGGUUACAUCGAACCGACAAAGUAUAAUCAGGUUGUGGAUAUUAUAUUAAAAGAAUCAGCACCGCGGAACAAUAAAGAUCGAUGUCAAGACUGGACUCUAGAUUGCGUGAUUGCACUCGAAGCUGAGGAAUUACUCCCUGCCGGUACCU